UCAAGUCUCAACAUCUCACAACAUCCUCACAAAAGAUGGACAUAUUUGUGGUUUUAAUGUGGAGUUUGAUUGCACUGACAGAAGCAAGACCGGAGUGGUCUUUCCCUGCAGCCUCAUCUUAUUCUUCAUCAUAUUCAUCGUCCACUGAAACUUUAGUGGGAAGUGAGUGUCUGAAUGGAGGAAUGGCAGUGCCCGCUCUUUACUCCAGAGAGCUGCUCUUUUGUCUCUGUCCUGAUGGAUUUACAGGCAAACGCUGUGAGACCGAUACGAGUGCUGCGUGUUUUGAGGGGAGGGGUCUGUACUACAAAGGCACAGUGGCACGGUCCGAGAGUGGGCUGCCCUGUCAGGAGUGGGACCCCGACACCAGGAGGCACUAUAUGGCCUCAGACAUCAACGAGGGGAGACACAACUACUGCAGAAAUCUCCUGUACAAGCGUCGUCCCUGGUGCUACGUUCGGAAAAACCAGGAGCUGGUUUGGGAAUACUGUGACAUCCCUCGCUGUGGAUCUGAGACAUAUCCAGACAAUCCUGUGCCCACAAGGUCUGAACCCAAUCCAGUAGUGGCGCCCUCUUGUGGCAUUCGGACGAGGGGGAGGAUGAUGAAGAUCGUUGGUGGGACGGUGUCGACGGUGGAGGCACAGCCCUGGAUGGCUGCUCUGUUCUGGAGGAGUAAAACCAAAGAGAGGGUCUUCAGAUGUGGAGGCAGCCUCAUCUCCCCGUGCUGGGUCCUCACCGCUGCGCACUGCUUUCCUGACGGAUCUCAAACCAAAGAGCGGCGUUUCUCUGUGGUUUUGGGAAAAAACGCCCUCAACAAAACUGAUCUGGAGAUGGAGCAGAACUUCAGGGUGGAAAAAAUAAUCCUCCACGAAGCUUUUGACAACAACGACGGCAACUUCAAUAAUGAUAUCGCCCUGGUGAAGUUAAAGCCCAGAGGUGGUCGAUGUGCAGAGGAGAGUAGAUCAGUGAAAUCUGUGUGUCUCCCUCCAAUGAACCAGAAUCUACAGCCUGGACUCAACUGUGAGAUCUCUGGAUAUGGAAAAGAGAAGCAUGGUUUGUGGUACCGGUCCCAGGUCUUGCGUGAGGCCGUGGUCCAGGUUUUGUCUGAUGAGACCUGUCGCCGUGACGACCACUACGGCGACCUGAUCACAGAAAACAUGUUCUGCGCGGGUCGUCCGGACUGGAGCCAAGACGCCUGUGAGGGAGACUCGGGGGGCCCUCUGGUGUGUGAAAUGGGGGACAGGCUGUUCCUCUUCGGGGUGAUCAGUUGGGGCGACGGCUGCGCUCAGGAAAACCGUCCCGGAGUUUACACCAAAGUCUCCAUCUACAACCAGUGGAUUCAGAACAAGACGGGGCUCCCCUCUGUCACUGCAGGGUCCCUACUCGCUCCCAAAUGAUUUCAAAAUGGACUGAUUACAAGUAUCAAAAAUCCUACUAAUACUAAUCGAUACUCAACCUGGUAUUGAAACUUGAUAUUUAUGCGGGUACUGAUACUAAAAAAGUCACUGGACAUUACUGAACAGAGGACUGAACCCUAUAUGAAUGAACCUUGUAUAAGACCACAUAAACUAGUAUGGAUUUAUGGACCGCUGGACGACUGAGGGAUUACACAGAGGCUAAAUUUUUCCCUGCCUUUAUUAAAUAUACAGAAAGUGGAAUUAAGACAGUUAUUAAAAUGCAAAGUAAAAAUUCUGUGGUCAUAUGGCCGUUGGAAAGUUAUUCUAAUGCCCUCCACCUCUCUCUCAUCAAAAAGGAAAGUUGUUUUCAUGAGCUCCUUGAAUUUGCCCAUUGUUUCAACAUGAGAGACACAGUCAGGAGGAUUCAGUGCAGUGAGAGAAAAGUUAAUACAUUUAGGUAGUGCAUGGUAAUAUAAAACAAGGGAGAAUGAGUUUAAAGGUACAUUGUGUAACUUUUCUUGUGGAUGGUGCGUCAAAUGCUUUGUCUGGAAGGUUUUACAGUAUGGCAUUAAACCUUUCUGUCUUUAUUUAGACCAAGUUACAGGUCAGCUCUGUAGAGGGACAACUCCGCUCACAGUCAGAAUGCCUGUUUUUCUAGGUGUUUUUGAGGUAUAAAACCACCCAUAAUUUUAUAAACAUAAGGUAAAGCUGUUUAAUGUCAUACUGUGGAA